CUUCGGACAGAGUCUCGGUAAAUUGAAAAACUUAAUACAAAUGAAUUCUCGGGGUCACACAAAAGUAAUCAUCAGUAAUGUAGUUCAAAUCGGGUCUCGAUAAGUAUAAUUCUUCAGCAAGUAGUUUACAUGAUCGGAACCUGGAAGCCUGGAAUGUGUAAUUGCUUUGAGCGUUAUGGGUACACUUAUGUUUCAGAUCACGUUGUAUUGCGCUUACGGAAAUGAAGUUACUAUUCAGAGCGCUAUGGUUUUGGACGCCUGUUACAUGACUGAAUGGAUAUAUUGUGGCCCAGAAGUGCGCCGAAAUUUAUUCCUUAUUAUGGAACGUUCUAAACGUCCGUUGGUGUUAACAGCGGGCAAAUUUAUAAACCUGUCCCUUUCGUCAUUAGUUUCAGUGAUCAAAUCUGCUGCUUCUUAUGCAAUGGUUUUGUACCAACUGUACCACUAAUUUACGCACGGCAUAGAAUCACAUUUAUACAGGUGUCAUUUAAAAAUGAAACUCGUGCACAACCAAUAUAGUUUACGUACUGUAUCAUAUUAUGAACUUUUUUGCUGAUAAGUAAUUUCUAAAAUACUUUAAGAAUAUUUUGUGCAGUUCGAUUCGUUUGUAUGUAAAUUUAUCUUUGAGUAAGAGGGGUUGGAAUUGGAAAUAUUCCUCGUGCAUCACUCUCUCGAAAUCGAUAUUUCAUACUUGCAUGAAUCCUGCACUCGUAUUUGCCUCGUGUGGUAAAGAUCGCAUCUCGUGUGUUUAAGGUUCGUUAUGUAGUAAAUACAAUAUGUAAUGACUGUACAAUAAAUUUACGUUCACUUA